AUGGCUCCGUUGCCACGUGUCAAGUGUUACUUCGAUGUGGGUUGUCCCAAUUCGUGGAUCACCGUCCAGGCACUUACAUCACAUAGUUCUCUCUUCGAACGAGUUGAUUUUGAGCCAGUUUGUGACUUCAAAAUAGGAAUUCUACACAAUGCACAAAUCUGGAAUCAGCGUAGACAAGUACACAACUCCCGAUUGUGGAAGUCCAAAAAAGAAGUUCCAGAGAGUGUGGAGAGUGAGGAAACUUUAUCUGAAUUGGGAAUUCUUCAAAAAAUCGACGAACGUGGGAAAAAACUGAUUGGUUGUGAACGCGUAGAGCCACCAAUGGAUUGGAGAAAUACCUACAAAUCAGUGGUGUCUCGUGGCUCUGUUAUUCCUCAGUUAUUCCUCACUUCAAUUCGUGAACGUUACCCGGACCUUUAUCAAACAGCAAUCCAUCAUUUGGGCAAUCGUCUUUGGAAUCAACGUCUCCCGGUUCAUUAUGGUUGUCAUAUGUCAACUGUAUCUCGUGAACUUGGGAUCCCAUUCAAAAAUGCUGAAGACAUUAUUGCACGUCUCUCAUCACCAGAAAAUCGAUCACUCCUUCACAAGAAUUGUAAAGAAGCAGUCGACUUCAAACUCACCGAAGCACCUGGGCUGAUAUUGACUACCGACGAUGGAGAUACCAUAAAAGUGGAUACAAUCAACGAUAUUUUCGAUGACAGUAUUAUGAUUUCUAAGCUUUCGAGUAUUUCACCAACAACUCGUAUCGAACAAAAAAUGUCGGCGAACCGACUUUAA